GAUGUAUAUCGGAGGUGUUGAAGGCGGUGCGACACAUUCCACCUUGGUGAUCUGCGAUGAAGCCGGCCAGAUUGUGGGUCGCGCUAAGGGCCCAAGCACAAACCACUGGGCCGUCGGUAUACCAGGCGUAGCGGAACGUAUCGACGCAAUGGCCCGCGCUGCCAAGGCGGAAGCAAAUCUGCCCAUCGACCAACAGCUGACCGCCGUGGGCCUAUGUUUGAGCGGUGCCGAAGCGGAAGAAACGAACCGCGAGCUGGAAAACUAUCUCCACACGAACUAUCCGACGGUGGCGGAACGGUACGUGGUGUGUAGUGACACGGUCGGCAGUAUUCAGGCCGUCUCGAAUCUGGGCGGUAUGGUGAUCAUCGCCGGUACCGGAUCGAACACGCUGCUACGCAAUCCGGACGGUAGUACGCAUGGGUGCGGUGGAUGGGGUCACAUGCUUGGUGAUGAGGGUGGUGCAUGGUGGAUUGCAAGGAACGCCAUCAAAACCGUGUUUGAUCAUCGGGACAAUUUGAAGCGCUCGAAGCAUCCGAUCGAACGUGUCUGGCAGCUGAUCCAGGAGCAUUUCGGUGUGCGAACGUUGCACGAUCUGCUCGAUCACAGUUACGGUCGGUUCUGCAAGACGGCGUACGCUGGGCUGUGUGCAAAGCUGGCCCGUGCUGCCCUGGACGAGCGUGAUCCACUCUGCCGCAAGCUGUUCGACGAGGCGGGCCAAUCGCUGGCUCGGUCCGUCUGUGCGCUGCAGGACAAAAUAUCGCCGGAACUGUUGCGCCCAUCGGGUACCGGUUCGCCGACGCAGCUGCUCGAUAUCGUGUGCGUAGGGUCGGUAUGGCUUAGCUGGGAUCUGCUACGGGAUGGAUUUGUUUCCGAGCUACGGAUGCAAGGAUUCCCGCACGAUUUGCGCCUACUGCGGCUGACCACCACAAUGGCACUGGGGGCCGCCUACCUAGCAUCGGACACGUUCAAGCUGGGUAUGCCACGUGACUAUACCGGCAAUUAUGACGUAUUCUACACCUUCCGGGCCGUUGCGAACGAAAACGGUAACGGAACGGAGCAUAAAACGAAUGGCCGAAGCUAGG